AUGUCCGCUGUCACCGCCAAAAUGCCCAUCGUCGGCAAGCCAGCAGUUCCAGAGAAGAAACCCGUCAAGUUCUCCAACUUGCUCUUGGGUGCCAGUUUGAAUUUGUUCGAGGUAACCACUUUGGGUCAACCGUUGGAGGUUACAAAGACUACUAUGGCUGCUAAUAGAGGGGAUACUUUUGCGGGUGCUCUGGGUAGAAUUUGGGGGAGAGGUGGUGUUCUUGGAUUCUACCAAGGACUUAUUCCAUGGGCAUGGAUCGAAGCCUCCACCAAAGGUGCCGUUCUCCUCUUCGUCGCCUCCGAAGCCGAGUGGUACGCUCGUUCUUUUGGUGCUGGUGAUUUUACUGCCGGUAUUAGUGGAGGUGUAAUUGGUGGUGUUGCUCAAGCAUAUGCUACCAUGGGAUUCUGCACCUGCAUGAAGACCGUGGAAAUCACCAAGACCAAUAUGGCAAAAGCCGGUGUCAAGCCUGACGGUACCAUGACCACUUUCAUGAACAUCUACCGCAAAGAAGGUAUCAAGGGAAUCAACAAAGGAGUCAACGCCGUUGCUAUUCGUCAAAUGACCAACUGGGGAAGUAGAUUCGGAUUGAGUCGAUUGGCAGAAAGCGGUAUCCGAAAGGUGACUGGCAAGGGUGAGAAUGGAAAGUUGAGUGCUUGGGAGAAGAUUUUGGCAAGUGGAUUGGGUGGUGGAUUGAGUGCUUGGAAUCAACCUAUCGAAGUUAUUCGUAUCGAGAUGCAGAGUAAGACGGUGGAUCCUAACCGACCUGCUAAGAUGACGGUUGGCAAUACCCUCAAGUAUAUUUAUAGUCAGAACGGAGUUUCGGGCUUGUUUCGUGGCGUUGUUCCUAGAAUUGGGCUGGGCUUUUGGCAAACUAUUUGCAUGGUUGCUAUGGGUGAUAUGGCAAAAGCUUAUGUCGAGAAAUUGACGGGUGAAAAGGUCACCGCUAAGCAUUAA